UUUUUUUUUAAGAAAAGCUCUUUGUACACGGUGUCCUUGACCGACCAUUGAGCACAUAGGUAUGUCUUGAUAACCCAAAGGAUUGUCGAUGAGAACACUUCUUCCCAUACAACUAGCCAAAUACCUAGCAACCGACAGGCAGGAUUUCAAUAGUAACCUUGCUUGACUUCGUCUGAUAAUGGUAGUCUGCCAUGAUGUAUGAUUAUUAGAGCGGUUAAUGAAUAGGGCAAAGCAACAAUGAUUUCGACGAUGAUCAAAUGUUGCAUGCCAUUACCACUAUGGGAAGGGGAAGGGGAAGAUCUAAGCACGUGCACCAAUGGCCAAAUGUAACGAUGGGUUGUUUAAAAUACAAUACCAUUGUUGUGUUGUUGUUCCUUUGUCCCCACUUGAGUCGGUCCGAAGUCGAGACCCCAACUGCAAUUCAUAACUAUCCUCGAUUGGCGUAUUUCGUGGUCAGCAACACGGAUGGCAACACCGCGGUAAGUACCUUACUCGGGCAGACCCCGGUGUCAGGUUUCCUACGAGUAGAGUCGCAAGCAGCUACUGACCAGAGCCCGACUCCGUGUCAUGGAGAACAUGCAAGAAAAGUACUUCACAACAAGGACAGAAGAAGGAAAAUGGGACAGUGGAAACUUAGGUUGGUGGUUAAUGAUUAACUUGAUUAGUUGCAGGUGAGAUGCAGUAGUCAGUGGGACUAAAUAAUCGUCGAUGGCUCGGCCGAACUUUCAUUUUCAUGGCUUUGCCAAGUUGAUGUUCCAGUAAGAUUGCAGUGCCCGCUGAACACGGAAUUCCACCUAUUACCACCUCAACUCCGC